AAAAGUGAUGUCGAAAUAAAUAAAGUCAUCAGUUCUUUUCCGCCAUUUGAACCGUUGAAGAAUUUUUGUUUAAAAAUUGAGAAGAAAUGAAAUUAGCUUACGUAUUAGCUGUGAAUUUAUUCCUCUUUGAAGGAUUUAUAACUCAAUGUGAAAGUGCGGGUGGAUCUGAAAAACCAUCAACCAGCGCAAACCAACAACUAUUGCCUGAUAAUGUACUUGAAGAAAUUUUCUUCAAGUCUGGAUUGGAAACAACGAAAAAAGUGGCAAGGGACCAAAUAAGAUCAGGACUUGCUGGUAAAAAAAUAUUUAAGGACCGCAUAAUUGACCUGUACCCAACUAGAUGGGGAAAUAGUGAAACAGAAGAACGUUUUCAACUUGGUGACCAUAUUAUUUACAUCUACAGUUAUAACAGAAUAGUAUCUAUUUUUGAGGAAUUUGGUGACGUUAUAAACAGGGUUAAAAUAAGCUUUGAAUUUUUAGAUGAAGAUAUUCGCCAUAAGAUAAACGAAAAUAUCAUCAAAAAGUAUUCAAAAAAUUGGACAGAGCUUUAUAUAAGCGCUCCAAAUUUUUUGGAAAUCAUAGAUGAAAUUUCAAACGGAGAGGGAAGAAUUCGCUUUCCAAACGUGAAAAAGUUUACGUUUAGUGGUGUCGGUCAUGAAGGUGCGAAUUUUGGAGGUUCAUACGAUUUGAAUUCAAUAUUUCCAAAACUUGAGUCUUUAACAUUAUACUAUACUAUGAUUUUUAUUCAUUACUCAAAAAUGGAAAUUAACGCAAAUUGCUUGAAAAAUGUCACAAAAUUGAAAAAAUUACAACUAGAUAUCGCUCCUGAUUCGUUUGAAGUACAAGAUCUAAAAAAUAUGUUAGCAAGAAAUAAACAAAUAACUGACUUUGGAUUCACAAUAACAAACAAUACCGAUACUCUUCCUUCGGUCGUAAAAUAUUUGAAAAAUUUACAAACACUUAAAAUUCAAAUUGAUGGCACCGAAUUUUUGGAUCAUAUAUCUGAUGAAACAAUAUUCAAUAUACCAACCUUAAAACGGCUUAGCAUAAGCGGGGGACAAGAUGACUUUCGAACCAUUGAUUUUAUUAAUUGUUUUAAGAAAGUUGAAACAGUUGAUAUGAUCAGUUCAACUGAUUCGAUCAGAUCAGAUAUUGGAAGAUUGAUUCAUGCCAAAGAAUUUAUUACAACUCUUGUAAAAAUUGCCAACCUACAAGAAAUAUUACAAAAUUUUGAUGAGAAGAGAACCAAUUUGAAAUGGUUUAAGAUACUAAAUGUUGAUAAAUCAGAAUAUCGUGAUUAUAACAAUGAAAUUACCAAAAUUAAUCAAGAAUUAAAGAAAGCUGAGAAACCAACAUGGAAACCAUCUUAUUUUAAUUGGAAUAUAAGGGGAUCUGGACACAUGGUAUUGACACGUGAAAAUUGAAAAUAAUUUUAAAAUCUUCAACAAUAAUUAGGUUUUUAAUGAGGCCGUGGCACUCUUUUUCCCUGCAAAUUGUUAAAAUAAUAAAUACCGAUACUUUUAUUUGAAGAAUAUUUA